GCGAAUGGGUCCUUCUUUCAAAACGCCCCAGGAGGAAGUGGACAUAUUUACGUCGAACGGGUUGCUAGACGAUAUGAAAGAUGUAACAAGCGUCUCGCAAUCCCUUUCUUCACUAAACGCAGACUUUACGUCAAAUGGGCUGCUUGAUACGCUACGAGAUAACAUCGAGAUAAGCGAGAGUGCUGAUCGAGCUUCAGAGACGUGUGAGCGAAAGAAGCCGAGAGCCACACCCGUUGAGUCCCAAGACGAACUGCCAUCCCUGAGCCAAAUUCUGUAUCCUAAUGGUCGUGGACGACACCAGGUUCCUUGUAAAGAAGCUCAACCACCAAGCAGGUCGAAUAUUUCAUUUUUAUCUGGUUCAAUUGCAGCAACAACAUUUGAUGGCAAGGGCAUUGUUUUUGAGAGGAGGACCAAAAUCAAAUCAUGCACAGUGAUGGAAGGUCAACAAUUUGGGAAUUUGCUUGAACGACCCGUGCACAAGCUCAAAGACCAGCUUUCGGAGAUAAUGGUAGAGAAGCUCACACAUCCUGAACCAGGUCCCUCUACAUCAACAAUACUCAAGCCAGUGGAUAACGAGCUCUGGGUGGAUCGAUAUCGUCCCUCUCGAUUUAUAGAUUUACUGGGAGAUGAGCGUGUUCACAGAGACACGAUGUCAUGGUUGAAAGAAUGGGAUCAUUGUGUCUUUGGGAAGAGAAAGGCAGUCAACAAGCACAGAAAAGCUAAUAAUAAUACAGGUUUCAAUUCGGAAAACCAAUACGAGGAUGCGUUCCAUAGACCGCGAGAAAAGCUUCUGCUUCUCUCCGGCCCUGCUGGAUAUGGAAAGACAACACUCGCCCAUGUCAUUGCGCGUCAGGCAGGUUAUGAGGUGAUGGAAAUCAACGCCAGUGACUCUCGUUCGGGUCAAGUAAUCGACGAUCGAAUACGACCCACCCUAGAAUCUGGUUCAGCAGUGGGUAGUAAAAGGCCGGUUUGCGUCGUCAUUGAUGAGAUCGACGGUGCGACUGGUUCCGGAGAGAACACUUCGACCUUUAUACACAAACUUAUUGGCUUGACGUUUGACAGUGCAAAGAAAGGGCGGAAAAAAGACAACAAUGCGAAGCGACCUCUAUUGCGACCUAUAAUAUGUAUUUGCAAUGACCUUUACGCAGCUUCGUUAACGAAGCUUCGCCAACAUGCCCGAAUCAUACGUUUCCAGCGUCCUGCCGAUGCUUUCCUCACCAAGCGGCUUCGAUCAAUAUGCGAAAUGGAAGGCCUUCGCGCAGAGUCUCGCGCUUUGACGACGCUUGUCGGCAUUGCGAGGGGUGACAUGCGAGGAUGUCUGAACACGCUUCAGUUCGUCAAAGCCCGUCAACAAGAGGUCACGGAAUCUGUUAUCCGUGCUGCUACUGUAGGCAUGAAAGAGGGGGACUCGUCGUUCACGUCUGUCAUGAGUAGCUUAUUUUCCCCGCUUGCGAAGAAGCGCGUGAAGGAGCUCGGCAUGUCCGAGUAUGACGAGAGUCGAUAUGUCAGUCGGCUGAGCGCAGAUAUUGAUACUACUGGGUCAGCGGACAAAGUUGCAUUAGGUUGUUUUGAGCAUUACGCGAAUCUGCGACAUUACGAGGCAUCAUUAUCAAGGCAUGGCAAGGCUGCCAAUUGGCUAGUGUCAUUUGACUCACUUUCAGGAGCUAUGCGUUCCGAGCGUGAAUACAGUUUGAUGCCGUAUCUUUCAUACUCCCUUGUUCCCUUCUAUGCAUUAUUCAAUGAACGAGGCGGAUCAAAAGUCGAACGGCCGAAAGCAGAUUGGGAUGCCUUGAUGAAGACACGAACAAACGAAGAAAUAUAUAAGUCACUUGCGAAAUGUAUUCAGUCUGCGGGACAGCGUUAUGCAGGGUUAAGAUAUUUCCUGUCAAACGAAAUCAUGCAACUCGAACUCGCGCCCUACAUAAACCGCAUCUUAUCUCCUCCGAUGCGUCCUGUAAAUAGACAGGUCACUAAGCCCCAUGAGCGGGCGCUUCUCUCGCGACUUGUCGAUAUUAUGGUUGCUUUCGAACUACGUUUCGUACAGGAAAAGGCGGAGGAUGGUCAGCUUACAUUUAGACUGGAACCACCGAUCGACGCCUUCAUAACUUAUGACGGAAGGCGAGCGUCAGACAUCGCCGUCCAGCGUUACGCUACCAGACAGGUCAUUGCAGGAGAGGUUUGUCACUUUCGAUGA